AUGUCGACCGCCAUCAAGUCCAUCAAGGCUCUUGCGCCCCUCCUCGACCGAGUCCUCAUCCAGCGCGCAAAGGCCGAAGCAAAAACCGCCGGUGGUCUCUUCCUCCCGGAGACAGCCGUGAAGGAGUUGAACGAGGCCAAGGUGUUGGCAGUGGGCCCAGGUGCCAUGGACAAGGACGGCAAGAGGAUACCAAUGGGUGUGCAGGCGGGUGACAGAGUGCUUAUCCCACAAUUCGGCGGCAGCCCGAUCAAGGUCGGCGAGGAGGAGUACUCCAUUUUCCGGGAUCACGAGCACCUCACGGAAGACAAGGCUCCACAACGAUCAAUAUUCGCGCACACCGAAGGCAUUCAAAAUGGCGGUCCAUUCUGCAGAGCUUCUGCCUUCCUGCUUCAACUUUUCGUCACCACACACGCCGCCAUAGGAUAUCGCCAGAACACCAUCUUGAGCUUUGCGCUCCUCUGCGGCCAUGCCUUUGCUGCCCCUGCCGUGGAGUCUGCCUCAGCUACACGUCUCGCAGCCUUCGGCCGAGAGGAUGUGCCCGCAGCGACACACAUCUCAGUGACUGCCGCACCGUCUGAGCCUACCGCAUUGGGGGUUUCCCAAUUGGAAGUUGCAGCCAGCUCGCCGUUCUGGCCCUGGUCCAACAACACUGACAUCAAGGCACCAGUCCUUGUGCACGGACCGAAUGGUACUGUUGCCGUCCAUCUCAACUCUACCUCCCGUGUGGCCCAUCAAGAUAUCAACAGCACCAACCACGACUCCCCCGCCCCCCUCUCCGCAGAAAAGGAAAAACUCCUCAAGAAGUACUACAACAUCUACAGCAAGUACCACCUCGCAGUAGCCACCAGGGAGCGCUUCACCCGCUACCUCGCCUACACCAAGGCCGCCAUCAAGGAUGAAGAAGCUCACUUGCACUACGCGCUGGAGGUGUGGGACAACAAUCUCUGGUCCAUGCAAAAAUUUUGCGACGGCAAGCAGGUCUGCAUCCUUCCCUACCAGACCCGAAUCAACGAGAUGAGAGUGACGGCUCAGGACACUGAGAAGGGUCUCGAAAAGCUGGACCAUUACCAGAAGCAACUUGAGAAGAAGGUCGCGAAGGCUGAGAAGCAGGUUGAGCGUGCUAGUGAGAAGCUUACGCCGUUGUAUGCGGAGUUCUACAAGCAGAACUGGAAUGUUACGGUCCCGGUUCAUCAUGGCCCUACUAUCACGAUCUUGACUUUGACUCCGACUCCAACCCCGACUCUGCAUAGCGCUGCUGGGUAUGCUGCACCGACCACGGAGAGUGCCGCUGGGUAUGCUGCGACGAGCACGGAGAGUGCCGCUGGGUACACUGCACCAACCUACCAUCCCAUUGCCAAGCGAGAGGACAUCGAUGGGCCGAUCGACGGUGAUGAUGACUUCCAUAUUGAUUCCGACUUGAUGACCCUCAAGAAUCUUGAGGGAAGGUUACGAGCCAUCGAGGCAUAUCUUGCCCAACUCGAGCGCCAAGAGGAACAAUCUGCCAAAGAAAUCGACUAUCUCGGGGCUGCGUAUACUCACACUGCCAAUAAGCUGCCAGACCUCUACAUCAACCGUCUCGACCUGGCAAAGGAGUUGCUGGAGAACUUGGACGGCGACACUCAUGAUCUGGAGGAAGAGUCUGACCGCACCGGCGAGGCUCUCGAGCAGGCUUGGGGGACCAUUGAUGACCUCUGGAAGUCUAUCGGGGAGACAAUGCCUGAGACUAUGAAGACGAAGAUGAACAUCUCUAAGCACGAGGCGAUCAAGACAGAGGUGGAGGCCGCUAUCGAGGAGGCCCAGGACAAGACUGAUGCCACCGCCACCGCCACCACCGCUGCACCUUCCGAUGAUGCUACCCCGACCGCGCCGGCCCACCUAUGCAACGCUCCGAAUGAUUGUCCAGAGCCCUACCGCCCUGACGCCCUGCAUGAAGGAUAG